GGCGACCCAAGCCCAUACUGAAUUUCACCCUAAGACUUAGCGCCUCUCUCUCACUCUCAUCUCAGUCUCUCUCUCUCUCUCACUACUCACAUACUGAAUUUCACAUUUCACAAAAGCUCAAAAUUUGCUCAAAACUGCUCAAUUUAGAGAGACGAAACGCUGCUCGAAAUCACAAACGUUGUUGUUGUUACGCUCAACAAAAACUUAAGAGGCUGCAGCAGUGCCCUUCUUCCUUGGAGUUGCUGAAGUGACCACAAACAGAAAAGCCAGUUAUUGAUCAAGCAGUCAAAGUUUGCAAGCUCCAGGUUUAAGAGGUGAUAAUGCAGUUAUGUUUUGUGCAUAGAAACCAGAGAAAUCACUAAGCAGUAGGUCCAUUUCUUCCGAGUCCCAGGCUUGGUUGGUGAAUUUACAUGAUGAAUGCUGCAACAUCGUUAUUUAGGAGGUUAAAUAUCAGAGAGCUGGUAACAAGAACCCCUGCUUACAAUACUGCUAGUGAUGUUUCUGGAGAUGUAUUGAGCUUGAUGUUUAGACGGUGGGCUACCAAAAAGACAGCAGGGUCUUCAAAGAAUGGCCGUGAUUCAAAACCAAAGAAUCUAGGGGUGAAGAAAUUUGGUGGGGAGAGAGUGAUUCCUGGAAAUAUUAUUGUUCGUCAAAGGGGAACCCGAUUUCAUGCUGGAAACUAUGUUGGAAUUGGGAAAGAUCACACGCUUUAUGCUUUGAUGGAAGGCUGUGUUAAGUUUGAGCAGCACAAGUUAAGUGGGCGCAAAUGGGUGCAUGUUGAGCCCAAGGAUGGGCCUUUGCUUCACCCAAUCUACUCAAGCACUACAGCUGCCGAGCCGAAGACAGCUACUCUGAUUUGUUAACUGUUGAGUGGUUUGUGGAAGGUUUGUCUAGUCUUUGUAUCUCUUAGGCCUUUUGAUUUAAAGCAAAUAAAUAUUUGAAGAUUAGUUGAUGAAUAGAUGUUCUGAUAAAAUAUUGUGGUGGUGGAAACUUUGUAUGGAUUAUUAGCUUCCAUACUUGCUGAAACGUUGUCAUGGGGAUGAGCUGCAGUUUGAUGUGGAAACUUGUGUUAAGUAUUGACAAGUAUCUUUAGGACAAACACUAGUCUGAUCUGGACACAGAGUUUUUAUGAAACUUGGAAAAUAUCAAGGUUGGAAGCUUCAUAUGACUGUCAAUUUGCUAUAGCAUUUGGCAUAAUAAAUUAUUUUAUUUCUAUUUAAAGGAAGUUAUCAGUCUCAA